AUGUGCGUCGGUUCAGGAUCCGGUUUAUGUCGGUUAAGUGAAUUAACAUCCGCUCAACUUGGUUUUACCAGACAAUUGGUACUUUCAUUUUUGCUGUACCGUGACAAUAAAGUUCAUCAUACAGCUCUUCCGCAUAUCACUCUGUUGUUUGCUGCCAUAUGCUACAUUAUUGUGGGCAGUUUAUCAUUUACAGCAUUUUCGUACAUUGAUGAUCAUACAGAAUUAGAUAGCAAUAUAUUAGCUGAAAUGAAGAAAAAUUUAACUGCUGAAACAAUUCGACCACGUUCAAUGAAGGAACGAAAAGUAAAUUUGGAAAAGUCAUUGGAUAAUUAUGCUUCUAAACUUCACAAAAUAUUUCAAAAAUAUAUUCGUCAAUCGUUUAUGCAAAAGCCGACAAUUAUAGAAAGAUUACAUGAAAAGGAGUAUGUGACCUCGAAAUUAAUGUGGAAUUUAUUCUUUGCAGCAACUGCGCUAACAUCAAUUGGAUAUGGUAGUAAUGUUUCUGAUUCAUAUUUUGCUCGCUUUUUUAUCAUCGUUUAUCUAUUUAUUGGCAUUCCAUUGUUUCUCAUUACACUUACUGAUUUAGCUAAAUUUUUUACCGAAUUUAUGAAUCGAUUAUAUGCAGAAGUGUUAAAGCAUAAAGUUAUUACAAGUCGUAGACUUAAAAGUCGUUUCGAAGUGCCAAUCGAUGAAAUUAUUAUUUCCGGUGGCGAAGAUGAAGUGGCAGAAUUUUUAUGGGCUAAUUUGGAGAAUGCGCAUUUUGUUGAAGUACCUUUUAUUGUAAUUUAUAUUUUGCUAUUUACAUAUGUAAUUGGUGCAAGUUACCUCAUUUCAUGGAUCGAAGGAUGGAGCAUUUAUGAUGGUCUUUAUUUUGUUAUAAUAUCAAUGCUUACAAUCGGUUUCGGAGAUUUAGUACCUCGGAACCAAUCGUUCAUAUUGCUCACAUUAUUGAUCAUAUUAUUUGGAAUGAUUUUAGCAACAUCAUUUCUUGAUGUUAUUGGCUCAUAUUACAUUGAUCGAUUACACUUCUUUGGGCGUAAUCUUGAUCUUGAAGAUUCACUUGAAUGGCUCAAAAAAGUUCAACAGCGACGUCUGAUCGCAAUGAAACGUGAAGCGAUGCGUAAAUUAUUCGAAACCGUCUCUUCGCUACAACAUAUGGAAAUUGAUUUUCGGUUACAACAAAAUCGGACCGAAAUGAAUAAUACGCUAUUAAUUGAUCCACCUCAUCCACCACGAAAUUUGCGAGCAAUUGAUUCAACAGCCGAUUCGAUAGCUCUUACAUGGGAUCCUCCAUCACAUGAUAAUGAAGGAAGGCUUUUUUGGUAUACGAUUGCUUAUCAAAUAAGAACACCUCGAAAACGAAAUAAUCCGGUAAAAGUAAUUGAAUUUAUCACUAAUGAACAAUAUUUGGUUACCGGUUUGCGCUCCUUCACACUUUACUGUUUUUCGGUUACAACAACAACCAGAUUGGGAAGUAGCAAACCAAUUACAUGCUAUGAAUAUACUGAACCAUGCACUGUUCCACAGUCACUAUCAUUGGAAGCAUUAAGCUGUGAAACGGCAACAUUUAUCUGGGAUUCUCCACAUAAAAAUAUUGGACCUGAGAGUUACGCACUUUUAAUCAGUAAAGAGCCUGCACCACAAUUCUCUUCUUGGCAACUUUAUAGUUGUGAUAACAACAAAAGUUUUACAGUAACUGAACUUUUACCAAAUACCAGGUACAUAGUUUGUGUUAUAGCGAAGCAUAAUUCUGGUUUAGCAACAGUGUCGAAAAGUUUACGAUUUAAAACAAAGAAACAUUGGUUUAGUGGAAAUUCCAUUCAUCAAUCAUCAUCAAAUAAUUCGAGAAUGCCUUGCAAAUCAUCAUUUUAA